AUGUCAGACGAAUCUCUUCGAUUCCGCGUCGUCAUGGAAUUCGAAAGUCGGACACGUGCCUACAAGGCAGUCGCCUCUUUUGCAAUCACAUUCUCUGUUCUGGCAGUACUCUCUGUAUGCAUAACUGUGCCAAUGAUCUAUAGCUACGUAAUGCACGUACGCGAUCAAAUGCACUCUGAAAUCGGAUUCUGUAGGAGCCACGCCAAGGAAAUCUGGCAUGAAGUUUCUCAGCUCAAAAAUUCUCCGGCCAAUCACACUCGUGUGACUCGUCAGAACACUUACAACGCAGGAGAGGGAGCGCCCGCUCAAGCUUGCGAGCCCUGUUGUAAUCCAGGUCCCCCUGGUCCUCCUGGACGUGGUGGACAGCCCGGCAAAAACGGACAGAACGGAGCACCGGGAAUGCCAGGAGCUCCUGGUAAACCUGGAGCACCAGUAUGUGAAGCCGUGACACCACCUCCAUGCAAACCAUGCCCUCCAGGUGCGCCUGGAGCACCUGGUGCGGAAGGACUUCCAGGAGACGCCGGCUCACCUGGACAGGCCGGAAGGAAUGGAGUUGAUGGAGCUCCCGGAGAACCAGGACCAAAAGGACCACCAGGAGCACCUGGUGAAGCUGGGCAACAAGGAGGACCCGGAGAGCAAGGAGCUCCAGCAGUACCAGGCAAUCUUGUCCCAGGCGAACCAGGAUCACCCGGAGAUCAGGGUCCAUCGGGUCCAGCGGGUCCACCCGGACAACCAGGAGCCGACGGAUCACCUGGUCAACCUGGCUCGAAAGGACCAAACGGUCCUGAUGGUCCCCCUGGACCUGACGGUGGACCCGGACCUGUUGGGCCACCUGGAACAUCUGGUAAAGGCGGAGAGAAGGGUAUCUGCCCCAAAUAUUGCGCUAUUGACGGUGGCAUAUUCUUUGAAGACGGCACCAGACGUUAA